ACUCAAAGCGCUCUCAUAGCAUCUUUUCAUUUUGAGGUUGAGUUGAAGCUUUUGCAACAAUGGCGGAACCAUUAAGCGGAGGGAGCCACGAUCUCGAGCAGACCUUGAAGCCCUUCUAUCAAAGAGCCUCCGAAGCCGAGGAUCGUUUGUCGAGACUAGAAGCUGCGCUUUUGAGUAAGAAAGAUGCCCACGACGAGGAACAUCUUAAAACGAUAAGCGAACUCCAGUCGAAGCUAGACAGCGCAAAUGAAGCGCUAAUCGCAGAACAGAAAAAGGCUGAGAUGGUUGCUGCAGAAAAUGCAAAGCUCCAGUAUCGCAUACUCCAUCUUGUGAGGGCAGCAAGGGGAACACAUUAAAAAGUUGGAGCAAAAAUUCAUUUGACUUUUUUCUAAUUUCCCUUACAAUUUACAAACGUUUUGGAAGGCCAUUGUUGAGAUAGUUAGUUCAAGAAUUUGAAUGAAAUUUUUUUUAGACCACAAAUUGGGAGAUGAAAUUGGGGGUAACCUC